AUGGACGAAAAAGCCCGUCUUCCCCCCUACAGCGCGUCGGGGCUGCCACUGCCAGCGUCUGGAGAUGCGCAUUUCCGCGCUCGCCGCGCUGGAUUUCGCCGGUCUCGCGUCUUGAAACUGUUCGCUGCCACUUGUCUAACACUCCUGGUGGCUGGCCAAUGGAAGCAAAUCUGGAGAGAGGACGCCAAAGGGCCGCUGCUGUCGCUAGACAAGCUCAACGAUGACCUGCAGACCUGCCAGAAGCUCAGGCACAAGCCGCAAGAUCCCAUCGGUCUAGGACGAGACAAGAACGCCAGAUGGAUCGAGGGUGGCAAGCCAACCCUUAUCAAGAACGCUACCAUCUGGGUUGGCGAGCCUGUCGAGGGCACAAGUGAGGCCGAUGCCAGAGCCGGCAAGGGCUGGGAAUGGAUCCAGGGCGACGUAUUGCUGGAGUAUGGCCUCAUUCAACGGGUUGAAUCUCACAUCUCGUCACGAGCUCUCCCACAAGACACUCAAAUCUUUGACGCUGCAGGGCGUCAGCUCACCACCGGCAUCAUUGACAUGCACAGCCAUGCUGGCGUCGACUCGUUGCCAUACCUGCGUGGCUACGCCGAUACUAAUGAAGUCUCCGACGACAUCACUCCAUGGGCACGAUCUAUUGAUGCCUUCUAUCCUUUGGAUCCCCAGAUUGAAGUCAUCAAGUCCGGCGGCGUCACCACUUCGCUCAUCCUUCCUGGUUCCGGUAAUAGCAUGGGCGGUGAAGCUUAUCCCAUCAAGCAUGCUGUUGGCCCCAAAGACGGUCGAAAAGAAUUUAGCGCGCAAGAUAUGCUGGCUGACCCGGACCGCAAUUGGCGUUACAUGAAAAUGGCAUGCGGAGAGAACCCCAAGAGAGUGCACGGAGGCAUCGACAGGCGGCCAUCCAGCCGUAUGGGCGAAAGCUACAACUUUCGACACGCCUUUGAAGAGGCCCGCGCCCUGAUCCAGCGCCAGGAUGAUUGGUGUGACAAGGCCGAUGCCAUUGGCGUUGAGAACAUGGACGAGUACUUGCCACAGGUGUUGCAUUGGGAGUCCCUUGCCGCAGCUCUUCGUGGUCAGGUCCAUAUCAACACCCACUGCUACACCAUUCCCGACCUCGAGGCCAUGGUAGAUCAUUCAAACGAGUUCAAGUUCGCUAUUCGGGCCUUCCACCAUGCUCACCAAACCUAUCUAGCUACUGAGAUCCUGAAACGCACGUGGGGAGGCCGGCCACCCGCAUCUGCCCUGUUUGCCGACAACAUGUAUUACAAGACUGAGGCUUUCGUAGCGUCUGAGCACGCCGGCAAGUAUCUCUACGACGCCAAUCUCACCACGGUAUAUGUCAGCGACAACCCCGUCCUCAAUGCCCAGCACGUCCUGUUUGAGGCCGCCAAGGGCUAUCAUUACGGUCUGCCCUAUCACGCCGCUCUCUCUGCCGUGACCAGCGCGCCUGCAGAGCUGCUUGGUUUCGGAAAGAGACUAGGAAAAGUCAAGCCAGGUUUCGAUGCCGAUAUUGUCGUUUGGGACAGCGAUCCUCUCAGCGUCGGAGCUACCCCCGUGCAGGUUUGGAUUGAUGGCACCGCGCAGUUUGAGAACCCCGUUGAACUCUCGAAAUCCACGGGGGGGCCCGUCGUGCCUAAUGUGGCGCUGGCUGAUAUCAUCGAAGAGCCAACCGAGAUUCAAGAUGUCGUUUUCCAUGGCAUCACCAAGGUCCUCUUGUCUGACGAUGAGAUUUUGGAGUCCAACGACAAGCCUCUGGAUGUGUUUGUCUCUGGAGGCAAGAUUGCCUGUAUCGGCCCAUGCAGCUCCGAAUAUGAGGCGGCUGCCAAGGCUGCCAAGGUACAUGUCGAGCUAACCAAUGGCUAUCUUACCAACUCAUUCACCGGUGUCGCUGGCACCAUCGGAUUGAACGAUAUUGAUGGAGAAGAUGUAACGGACAACGGACCCAACCCGGUUGCCUUCUCUCGUGCCGUCGACGGGCUUCGAUUGGAUAGCAAGAAGCUCAACGUUGCCGCCAAAUACGGCGUGACCAAGGGUAUUUCAGCACCGAAACUCUUGGGCGGCAAAUCCCAUCACGGAACCUCUGCUGGCUUCCUCACUGCGGCAAGAACGGUUGCUGAAAAGGGUGCUAUAUUCGACGCAGAUUUGGCUGUGCAUUACACUCUUGACCUUAGCUCUCGCAGCCUUGGCAGUUAUUCCCAGCUGUUUGGUCUGUUGCGAAGCAAGCUUUUGGCCGCUGCCUCCAAGGACAAGCCAGCUGAAGACCCCUUUUCUGAGUUGGCCAACUUGCAAAAGGUCAUUGCCGGAAAGACUGUGUUGGCUCUGACAAUUGACAAUGCCGAUGGCAUCGCGACUGCACUGAGAAUCAAAUCCGAGGUCGAAGAGCUUACCAGCUCCAAGAUUAAGUUGGCCAUUCUUGGCGGUUCAGAGUCUCAUCUUGUUGCGACAGAGCUUGCAGCCGCAAAGGUCGGCGUCAUCCUGCUCCCGCUUCAAGCCCAUCCGACUAACUGGGAUCAACGUCGCUCACUUCCCGGUGUUACAGUCGCCAUUGGUUUGCCUGAAGACUGGUAUGUGCGCGACCUGGGCUUCGAAGCCGGCACGGCCUACCACAACGGUAACGGCCGACUGACCGAGAAGUCGGCGCUUGAUCUCGUCAGCGUAAAUGUGCACAAGAUUCUUGGAGGCAAGCUGCCAGAGGCUCAGACAAAGGGACAUUUCAUUGUGAGCGAAGGAAGUCCGCUAGAGAUUGGAUCGCGGAUCAAGGCCGUUGGUGCCGGACGAGACAAGGUGGCUGUAUUCCAGUAG